UCGAAUACAGAGAGGUUUGUUUCAAAUUCCCACAAAUCUUCUCUCCAAAACCAACAAAAAAAACCUGAAAAUCCUGAUUCAGAUACAGAAUUCUUGUUCUUAGAUAAUGAUAUGCUCUAGAUUACAGACGAGUUUCCUUCUAUUUCUCACCAUUCUCCUCAUAAUAUGUGUCUCUCAUGGAGUUUCCCAGUCUUCCAAUCAUCAGGAGAUGGUUAUGGGUAGAGAAAUGCUAGAGAGUGUGGGAACAAAUGAAUCAUUUAUGGAGAAUUCAACCCUUUUCUUAGCUGCAAAAAGAACAUACAGGAGAGAUCCUACUGAUGGUUUCAAGAGAUACAGAGGUGGUUGGAAUAUCAGUGAUAACCAUUAUUGGGCUUCUGUAGGUUUUACGGCUGUUCCAUUGUUUAUUAUUGCGGCUAUCUGGUUUGUUAUCUUUGGAUUGUCUUUAUGUCUCAUCUGUACCUGUUAUUGCUGUUGUCCGAAAGAACCAUACGGCUAUUCUAGAGUAGCUUAUGCUCUCUCACUUGGUUUUCUGAUAUUCUUCACCAUUACGGCAAUCAUUGGAUGUGUGGUUUUGUAUACUGGUCAAGGGGAAUUUCAUGGAAGUACGAUAGAUACAUUUGAAUUUGUUUUGAAGCAGGGGAAUUAUACAGUAGACAGCCUUAGAAACGUUUCUGGUUAUCUUGAUUCAGCUCAGAAUAUCACGGUUGACAAGGUCUUCUUAGCUUCUGAUAUGCAGACUAAGAUUGAUAAUAUCCAAACCAGGAUGAACUCUUCUGCUAAUGCUCUUGCAACUCGUAUGGAUGCUAAUAAGCAUAAGAUACAAAAAACUCUAGACACUGUGAGACUCAUUCUUAUCAUAGUGGCCGCUGUAAUGCUCUUCUUGGCAUUUCUUGGAUUUGUAUUCUCUAUUUUUGGGAUGAAAUUUAUCGUAUCCAUCUUGGUUGUCAUUGGAUGGGUUCUUGUCGCUGGCACAUUUGUCCUCUGUGGAGUGUUUCUUCUUCUUCACAAUGUUGUUGGAGACACAUGUGUAGCAAUGGAUGAGUGGGUUCAACACCCGACUGCUCAUACUGCUCUUGAUGAUAUCUUGCCGUGUGUGGAUAAUGCUACUGCAGCGGAAACCUUGUUACGAACCAAAGAAGCUACACACAAAUUGGUUGGUGUGGUGAAUCAAGUCAUCACCACCAUCUCUAACAUCAAUUUCCCACCAAACUUUGCUCCUCUAUACUACAAUCAAUCUGGUCCAUUGAUUCCCGUUCUCUGUGCUCCCUUCAAUGCUGAUUUGACUGAUCGACAAUGCUCGCCUGGUGAAGUAGAUUUUAACAAUGCAACACAGGUUUGGCAGAGUUAUGUGUGCCAGAUUUCAGCAACAGGAAUUUGUGCAACAGUUGGCCGUAUAACCCCUGACUUCUACACCCAGAUGAAUGCAGCAGUUAAUGUAAGUUACGGGCUUUAUACUUAUGGUCCAUUCCUAGUUAACCUUGAAGAUUGCUCGUUUGUGAGGGACACAUUCUCAACAAUCGGCAAGGAUUAUUGUCCGGGUUUACGACGAUAUAGUAAAUGGAUCUACAUUGGGUUGGUUUUGGUUUCAUCUGCAGUGAUGCUUUCACUGAUUUUCUGGGUAAUCUAUGCUAGAGAACGACGUCAUCGUGUUUAUACCAAACAAUUUUUAGUUCGAUAGUCAUUGGUUCUAUCUAUUGUCCAGACUCCAGACUUUGGUUAUGUUGUCUUUGCAGCUUGUUAUAUGAGCUCACACAGUCUGUAUAUAUUUUAGUGGUUGAAUUUCUCAUGUGGUUGGACUGAUCUGUGAAGUUCAAAGUGCAAUGUUAAAAUGGUCAAGAGAA